UAAAACUCAAAUCUGUUUUACACUGUCCCGCAAAGGAUUUUGUAUCUUCUGUUCAGCAAAUGGCGGCUUCUAUGCAACUAAAUGUGAAGCCAGUGAAGCCCGUGUUUUAUCUGAAAUCCGCUUCCAAACACUUCACUAAGCUGCCGACAAGAGUCCGCUGCGCCUCCGCCGCGGUUUCCACUAAACGCUACAGCAUCACCCUCCUUCCCGGCGAUGGCAUCGGCCCCGAAGUCAUCUCCGUUGCCAAGAACGUUCUUAAGCUCGCUGGCUCCCUCGAAGGAAUUGAAUUUUUAUUUCAAGAGAUGCCAAUGGGAGGAUCGGCCUUAGAUUUGGUUGGAGUUCCAUUACCAGAGGAGACUCUUUCAGCAGCAAAGCAAUCUGAUGCCGUCCUUCUCGGGGCAAUUGGAGGUUAUAAAUGGGAUAAUAAUCCAAAGCACUUGAAGCCAGAGACCGGGUUGCUUCAACUUCGAGAAGGUCUUGAAGUCUUUGCUAAUUUGAGACCGGCAACUGUUUUACCACAGUUAGUGGACUCUUCAACAUUGAAGAAGGAGGUUGCUGAAGGUGUUGACCUUAUGGUGGUAAGGGAGCUGACUGGAGGUAUUUAUUUUGGAAAGCCGAGGGGAUUUGGCACCAAUGAAGAUGGUGAAGAGAUUGGCUUCAAUACAGAGUUAUAUGCUGCUUAUGAGGUGGAUCGUAUUGCUCGUAUUGCAUUUGAGACUGCUCGAAAGCGAAGUGGUAAACUAUGCUCUGUUGAUAAAGCGAAUGUCUUAGAGGCUUCAAUGUUUUGGAGGAAAAGAGUCAUAGAGAUAGCAUCGGAGUAUCCUGAUGUUGAGCUCUCACACAUGUAUGUUGACAAUGCUGCAAUGCAACUUGUUCGCAAUCCGAAACAGUUUGAUACAAUUGUGACCAACAACAUAUUUGGUGACAUUUUAUCUGAUGAGGCUUCAAUGAUUACUGGAAGUAUAGGGAUGCUUCCGUCUGCUAGUCUUGGAGCAUCGGGACCAGGGCUUUUUGAGCCCAUACAUGGUUCUGCUCCUGAUAUUGCUGGACAGGAUAAGGCAAACCCGUUGGCAACUAUACUCAGUGCUGCUAUGCUAUUGAAGUAUGGCUUGGGUGAAGAAAAUGCUGCAAAGAGAAUUGAGAAUGCAGUUUUGCAUACCCUAAAUAAGGGGUUCCGAACGGGUGAUAUAUAUUCGGCUGGAAAUAAAUUAGUAGGAUGCAAGGAGAUUGGUGAAGAGGUCUUGAAAUCUGUAGAGACUCCAGUUCCUGCAGCUGUUUGAAUUGCCGCCAGUGGCGCACCGGAUGGACACUGUGGCUUUCUACUUGCUACCAUUUUUGGUUGUUUCGAAGAGAAUCUACGGCCCUGAAAGGCAAAGCCAACUAGCGAAAAUACAAAAUUUUCUGCCUGAUAAUUUGUCCCAUCCUUGCGGUGAUUGGGAUAUUGAAUAUUUACUAUUUAUGUCAAAUGUUAUUAGGAUCUUGAUCUUUUAACUUAAUAGAUUCAUUAGUCUUUCGGUUUGUGGCGUUGUAUGGAGCUUGUGCAAUAUUGAUGGAAAUGGUUGUUUAAUCUUUGGAGAACAAAUAACAUUUUUUCUUGCGGUCA